AUGAGUAACUUAUCUCUUUACACAAUAACCGCAGCUUUGAUAUUGGAUAGUGAAGGUAAACGUAUCUACGCCAACUACUACACCCCGAUCCACCCAAAUGCCAGCAACGACCAAACUUUCCAAAUACAAACACCAUUCCCAACCUUGAAGACCCAAGAAACUUUUGAAGCGGGGUUAUUUUCCAAGACUUUCAAAUCCAAAUCUAGCAUCGUAUUAUACGAAGAUCAGAUCGUGGUGUACAAGGUGAUUUCCGAUGUCGCGGUGUAUAUCGUGGGGAGCUUAAAAGAAAACGAGGCCAUGUUGUACCAGGUACUUUCAGGACUUUGCGAAGCCCUUGAAAUCGUCUUGAAAGACGCGGUGGACAAAAAAUCAAUCCAAGAAAACUAUGAUUUCGUCGCCUUGGCCAUCGAUGAAACAAUAGAUGAUGGGAUCAUUUUGGAAACCGACGGUAAUGCCAUUGCCUCUCGUGUUUCUAAGAGACCAUCAUCAGAAAAUACUUUGAAUAUCGAAUUGAACGAAAGAGGGUUAUUCAAUGCGUUCCAGUUUGCAAAGAAAAAAGUCAAGGGAUUCAAUUUCUAG